AUGGCCAAGUGUUAUGAUCUAUUGUUACGUCUUCUUUUACUUGGAGAUACCGGAGUUGGAAAAUCCUGCAUAUUGUGCCGGUAUGUUAAUGACGAAUUCUUCGACACACACAUAUCUACGAUAGGCAUCGAUUUCAAGUUACGGACCAUCAACCUUGACAGGAAAGUUGCUAAAAUACAAAUAUGGGAUACUGCUGGCCAAGAAAGGUUUGAAUCAAUCACACAUCAGUUUUACAGACGAGCUCAAGGUGUUUUGCUGGUCUAUGAUCUCUGUAGCCGAUCAUCAUUUGAAAAUCUUACCAAAUGGAUAUCAUAUGUAAAUGAAUUUGCAAACGAAGAUACUGAACUGCUGUUGGUAGCAAAUAAAAGUGAUCGUUCCCAGUGGAGGCAAGUGUCAUGUGAAGAAGGAAAAAAGUUUGCAGAUAGAUACAACAUGAAAUUCUUUGAGACGAGUGCAAAAAACAGGGAAAAUAUUGAUCAGGCUUUUCAAGAUCUCUGCAAAUGCAUCAUAGAUAAGCAAAAUAUACGACGACAAAUGCAGUACAUGGAUCCAAAUCCAAACCUUGUGCAUCGUCAAAGGAGUAGGACUCUUUCACUGUCAUCAACACCUGAGAUUCCCGGAGAGGCAGACCAAGAAGCCAGCUGGACCUGCUGUGCUCGCAUUGUGUAA